AUGAAGCCAUCUGCAAAACCUGAGACCUUCCUGCUGGCCACGGCGCUGCUCUGCACCCUCCUGGGUCUGGGAUACUCACUGAGCUGUGAGGUGUGUGUCGGUGACGGUCCCAGUUGCACUGGGAAACUGCAGACUUGUGCCCCGGAUGAGGACUCCUGCGUCGCUGUCGUGACUGAGACCAACAGAAAGGCCUCCUUGGCGGUGACCAGCUACAAGGGGUGUGCGAAAUCCAGCGAGUGUGAUUCCGGAUUCUUUGGCAUCACCAUGAACCCUGAGAACUACAUGGGCUCCAGGAGGCGCUGCUGCCAGAAGGAUGGCUGCAACCAGGACCCCCUGCCCGCGUUCGUGAGAAACCACACAGAGAAUGGCCUUCGCUGUCCUUCCUGCAUCGCUGCCUUUACGGAAACAUGCACUGCCAGUGAGGAAGCGCUCUGCGUUGGCGAGGAAACCCGCUGUGUCGCCGUGUCUGGCCUCGUGCAGCCUGCAGGUGUCAAAUUUGCUGCCCGGGGCUGUGGUAUGGAGACCGCCUGCCACACCAAGCCUGGGACCCUGGUGCCCUCAGGCGCUCAUUUGUUCACCAUCAAGAAGACCAGCUGUCUUUGA